UCUUUCCAUUUUUAAAUGGGCGGCAAGAGUAAAAAGAAACGAAAUAGCAAAGAUUCCACAUCCAGCAACGCUGGCAGUGGCGAAGGCGAUGAUAAGAAAAAGAAGGAAGGCGCCGGUGGCAGCAAGAAAAAGGCUGGCGUUGGCAAGUCCAUUGGCUGUGAUAUAUUCAAUGAUGCAGCCAUGGAUAAUGCCUACUAUGUGUGUCACAAUGUGCAGGACGUACUGAAGUCUCGUGGAUUUCCUUGGCCAGAUGGGCAAAAGAAGAAGAAGAAGGGAAAGCGUUGAGCAAAAACCAGUACUUUAUUCACAAAUAUCUCCCAAAUGCAUUGUAUAUUAGAGUAUCCAAAUUUGAUUGAAAACCCAGUCAUAAUUUUCAGACCAAAUACAACUUCUCAAAGCAAA